AUGAGGGAGACCGACAAAGAGGACGGGAAAGGAAACAUUGAUGAGAUCAAACAGUAUAGAGACGCCCGUUGGGUGACGCCUCCAGAAGCACUAUGGAGGAUAUAUGGCUUUGACUUGAGCAAGAACCAUCCGCCAGUUCAGCAGCUGCAACUUCAUCUACCCGAUAUGCACAUGGUGGCAUUUCAUAAACGGGACAAGGUCGAAAAGAUCGUUAAUAGACCAGGUGUAGAAGAGUCAAUGCUGACAGCAUACCUCGAUGCAAACAGGCAUGAUGAGGAAGCUCACAAAAUCUUAUAUCGAGACUUCCCAGAGUAUUAUACAUGGCAGUCUGAUGGUAAAUUCUGGCAGAAAAGGAAAAACUCUGUUUUCCAAAUUGGUAGUGUCAUCUCGGCCCAUCCUGCCGAGGGUGAACGCUACUUUCUUCGUGUUCUAUUGAACAAUGUUGCUGGUGCUACCUCAUAUGAACACCUCAGGACAGUUGAUGGGGUGCUACUACCUUCGUUUCGUGAAGCUGCAGAAAGGAGGGGUUUAAUCGAAGAGGAUAAUACCCUAGAUGAAUGUCUAACGGAAGCUACUUUAUUCCAGAUGCCUACCUCUCUACGAAGACUAUUUGCAACAAUAUUGGUAUUCUGCGAACCUCAUGAUGUGAUGGGGUUGUGGAUAAAACACUACGAUGCAAUGUCAGAGGACUAUAGCCGCAAUAAUCCAUCCCCGGAUCUCGUGCAACAAAUGGUUUUGAUAGACAUUAGAAACAUGUUGCAGUCUAUGGGGAAGGACAUAAGGUCAUUUCCUCUUCCAGAUAUUGAUCACUCAUAUGAUGAUGCCAGCCAUAUACCUCGUGAGAUAUUUGAGGAAGCUAGCGUUGAGCAGAAUCCUGAAGAUGUGCUAUUGUGUGACUCACUCAACGCCGAGCAAAAGUUUGCCUACAAUGAGAUAAUGACAGCUGUCUACAGCAAACAAGGUGGGCUAUUCUUUGUGGAUGGACCUGGUGGGACGGGAAAGACAUUUUUGUAUAGGGCACUUCUCGCAAAACUACGUAGCCAGGAUAAGCUUGCCGUUGCCACAGCUACAUCUGGGGUCGCAGCGGCCAUAAUGCCAGGUGGGAGGACGGCCCACUCGCGUUUCAAGAUACCCCUAACUCUUCAAGAGGGCGGUUGCUGUAGCUUCACUAAACAGAGUGGUACUGCCAAGUUGUUGCAGCAAGCAGCUCUCAUAAUUUGGGACGAGGCAUCUAUGACAAAGAGGCAAAAUUUAGAAGCACUAGACAACAGCCUACGUGAUAUAAUGGAUUAUUUGUUGCGCAUUGGUGAUGGAACAGAAGAGGUUAACGGAGAUGGCAAUGUUCGUAUUCUAGAUGAGAUCUGUAUCCCGUACUCUGGUGAUGCCGAUAAAGAUCUUCAUAGUUUGAUUGACAGUAUCUUUCCAAAUCUGAAUACAAACAUGGCAGACAAAGACUACAUCACCACCAGAGCGAUUUUAUCUACACGCAAUGAUUGGGUGGACAUGAUCAAUAUGAAAAUGAUUGAAAUGUUCCAAGGUGGUGAGACGGUGUAUCACAGUUUUGACACCGCGGUAGAUGAUCCACAUAACUACUAUCCAUCAGAGUUUCUUAAUAGCCUGACCCCCAACGGGCUGCCACCACAUGUCUUGAAGCUGAAGCUCGGGUGUCCUGUCAUAUUGCUUAGGAAUAUUGACCCCGCCAAUGGGCUAUGCAACGGUACAAGGUUGGUGGUACGAGGGUUCCGAAGAAAUACAAUCGACGCUGAAAUUGUUGUCGGGCAGCAUGCUGGGAAGCGGGUAUUUCUUCCUCGAAUACCGCUAUGCUCAUCUGAUGAUGAAAUGUUCCCUUUCCAGUUUAAGAGGAAGCAGUUUCCUAUCAGGCUGAGCUUUGCCAUGACGGUCAACAAGUCACAGGGCCAAACUAUCCCAAACGUGGGGUGUGUACCUGCCCGCACCGGUCUUCUCUCACGGCCAAUUGUAGGGGGUGUGCAUCCGUGGAAGACAAACAAGAUGGUCAUCGUCCCCGCUUCCGCGUCCGUGGUAGGAGGCCUCGCGUUCACCAUCGUCCGGAUCACCUGGACGACUAGCCUCAGCAACUUCACCGCCACAACCACUAAAGAAACACAGAUUCAAUCUAUGCCAAUUCCUCCUUCAACGACAUCGGCUGCGGUCCUGACCACGUUGGUUGUGACUACCACCACUCCGACAAUGUCUCCGAGCACGCCGACAACACGUCCUCUGUUUCCCCGCUACAGCGAGAAGCAGAUUGGCAAUGCUGACCUGCUCAAGGCUAUCGAUCAGGUCGAUCUCAAGCUUUUUGAAACCCUAACUGUGGUAGAUUCAAUCUCGAGUCAAACUACCAGACCACGUAAUUGA